UAUGCAUGAGUCAAAGUACUGCUCUCGUGUAUUUGUGGAUGGUUUGCUGGAUGCAGCAUGGACUAAAAACAACGUGUUCCUCAGUCAGAGAUGCAUGUUAGUGUACAGCUGAUGUUGUAGAAACUGGCAUGUGUUGAAGAGGGGGGGAAAGUUUUCUUCUGUAACUGAGGGAAUUUUUGUUCUAAACCCAAAACAUGUUCACAACCUACGUAAAGAGUCUGAAUGAUAUGGUAUUUUCUACGUCUGAGAGCCCAGAGGAGCAGCCGAGCACUGGGGUCUUGGGCCGAAUUGGGAGCUGGUUCUCUCCAUGGAGGGGAAGGAGUCCGAAGAGUCCGACUGAAAAUGCAGAUGAUCAGGUUGAUAAAGCAGAAGGAGUAGAAGACGGUAAAGAGUCGGUGAAACCCCAGGCCGAGCAGGAGGACAAGGAUCAGAGUUCAAAUCCCAAUCCGCUGCCUCUCACCAGAGACAUUUUCCCCUCUGAACAAGAGGACGCCACGCAGUCUGCCCACAGAGACGUGAACAGCACAGAGCCAGGAGAAGGAGGUCCAAAGGAGGAGGAGUCUGGGGAGCACAGGAAGGAGAGAACAGGGCAGGGUAAGGAGAGGGAGGAGAACGGCAACGGUACUUUAUUGAGCGGGAAUCCUACCCCGGAUAAAAAUGCCAGUCAUCUGACGCAUCGUUCUUCCUCCGCCAAGCAAGAAGUGCCAUGUGGUUCUGACCAGGCCCGCACCCAGCCUCAAGCCCAGACAAGCAAGACACUCCACGUGUACCUGGAGGAGACCAGUGUGAUUCAUUCCAACCAGAACACCUGUGCAGGACAGGAGGUGAUCUGUACUAAAGUGAAGACAAGCUACCAGGUCCUCCCCAAGUCACCGACAUCGCCGAGUUAUGAGUCGUCAAAGAGGUCAAGUAGUGCAGAGUUCAAAAGAAUAAAUGACAGGACAGCUGCAGGGGAGAAAAGUUAUUAUAGCGUACUAGUGGGAGUGCCGCUGAAACCAGGCAAAGACUCUCAGGUAGAGUCCGAACGUAAUAAAGGACAAUCAGAAGUAGACGACAUGGGGCGAAAAAACACAGCCCGAAGAAAAAAUAGAAAAAACUCCCAGGGAGAUGGAGGGAACAGCUCCCAAGAAAACAGUCCUUCCACUGCACAUCCAGCCCAACAGGGAUUCCCCACAUCAGAUAAGUCAGUGACCAGUCCUCAGGGUAAAAGGCCAGAGUCACCUGUAAACUCCUCCUCUAAACAUAACCCCACCUCUGAGGCCUCACCUGAAGGAGGGGAAGCAAAACCUCUGGCCACAUUCCAGGAUUCAAACUCAGUCGCUUCAGCCACUCCGGCACGUGUGGUGGACGUGAGCGCGAACAUGGAGGAUGAUGACAGCUUUUACAAAGUGGAGAGGAAGACGGAGACACCAGAGUCCAAACGCAGGAGUAUGAAGGUUUCUCAGAGCGAGGUCAAGUUUUUUCCGAAAAAUGUGCCUUUGAAAGCUGAGCAAAGUCCAGCUGGAGUCAAAAAGGAGAAUAAACCAGUGUCCAAGAAUACCAAAGAUGAGGCAAAUGAUAAGAGUAAAACCAAGAUUGAACCGAGACUACAAGACCUGAAGAAAACCGAUGAAGAGAAUAAGUCACCUGCAGGACGGAUUGCAGAUAAAAUCACCCUCUUCGAAGGCCAGAGAUCGGUGGGGGCUAAACCGUCCAUCCAGUUUCCGAGGAGCGCCGAUGUUUCUCCGGUUAGAAAACGCACCGAUAGGCUGAAAGCAGAAUCUGCAUUAACAGAGCAGAGAUCAAGAUCGGCUGAGCGUUAUGGCACGUCGAGGUCCAGCUCCUCAUCACCUGGCAGAGACAAGUUCAUGUCAGUCAAGGAACGGGCCAAGAACUUUGCAGAGGCGUGUAUAACAGAAGACAGAGGAAAAGUGUCUCAGAAGUCAGUCAUGACAAGAAUGUCUCACAAACCCGCCUCUGCUGUGACAGAUCCCGCAUCAAAGUCACAACAGGACGGUCAGGGUAAACUGCAUGGUAAAGAGCAGACACAUACAACAACAAUGCCAGAGAUAACAUUCAAGUCAGAGGGUGCAGAUACCACCGCUGAAGGGUCCAACAAUGACAUUCUUACAGAACGGCAAACAGACUCCACAGUAACGAAGAAAGAGGUCUUAAAAACAGCAAAUCGGAAUACAAAACCAAACGCUGUAGAAUCAGUUGUUCCGAAUAAAGGACAAGAUGGUUCUGCAGAAGCGACCACGAACAUUAGUCCGCAGUCUAAAGGCCCUAAUAGAACAGGAUCCCGCUCUAAAAGACGGAAAAGUAAAGAACCGACCAGUCCUAUAAGCCCAAGUAGUGAAAAUAAAGCAGAGACCUCUACAGAUAAGAAAAGCCUAGAAGAACAGGUAAAUAAAAGUGAGGACACAGCCUCUGCUGCCAAGCCACUCUUAGAGGAAGUAUUUUUACCAUCUGAUAAAGACCAAAAAAAUAUAGCAGAGAAACAGACACUGACUGAUGUCAAACUGGCAAUUGAAAAAGAAUUGAACGUAUCAGACAAAAAGACAGAAGAAGCAAAUUUUUCUCUUAAAAAGAAUAGUAACAAACAAGACAGCAGGCAGGAGGGAUUACCAAAACUGCCCGUCAGUAAGGAUGAACCUGAUACUGCAGCUUAUUGCAGUGGAACAAAGGCGCCUAUUGACAAGGAUGUUGUUUCAGCCAAAAAAGAGGAAAAAGCAGACGAACACAGCCUUGUAUUGACACAGCAGAUGGAAACAGCCUCCAAGGAUGGCAAAUCAUCUGUCUCUGCUGCCCCUUCACCUGUGGUUGAACAACUUAAUGAGAAAACUCCGUCAGUGGAGAGGGAACCACCUGUUGAACACCCCAAAAUAGAAAAAGACCCUUCAGUGACAUCUGAAACAAAAGUCGACGCUCUGGUUCAUGAGGAAGAUGCUGGGCAAAAGAGUCAGCAUCAAAACAAGAACACAGAUUUAAUAAAGCAGGCAGGGGAACAAGAAAAAACAGAAAGUGAACAGCUAAAUCAGACUGAGAGCAAAGAUAAAGACAAAGCAAAACUUUUGUCUUCAGGAGAGAAGUCUACAGAUGACAGACUUGCUGAAGACUUAACAAAACCACAAGUCAGCAAACCAGAAUCUGCCCCUCAGUCCUCAGUAAAUACUAGUGGCUCGUCAGACCUCCCUGCUCAAACACAGCAUGUCGGUCACUCGGCGACCACACAUCCAGAAAACAAUGUUGUUUGUGUCGACACAAGAGCUAAUGAGGCUGUGUGCGGUACCAGCAGUGAUAAAGAGCUGUCGAAAGGAGACAUGGCUACAAAUGUGCCUGGGUUUCAGACAGAAACUAAAAAAAAUCCUGGAACAGAAAAAGAGCCAGCAGUGACUGUAACAGAACCACAGCCUAAAUCUGUAUCUGUGGAAAAAACGGAGAACUCUGCCGAUGACUCACAUGCACAUGGGCCUAAUGAUGGCGAGUCCUCUAGUUCAAAGCUCAUUACCAACAAAACUACAGUAGAAAAGGAAGUGAGUGUAAAAGCUACUAAUAACACUCCAGUGCUGAUAACGGCAAAAUCUGACAAUAUGGCAAAGAAAGAACCAUCUGUCACAGCAUCGAGUCCUAUUUCUGUCAUUGUGCCUGUAAGUGGUAAUACAGAAAAGCAGGAUGAUGGGAAUAAAAGUUUGUCUGUCAAACUGGCUGCCCCAGAAGUCAAGAUCUCUGGAGAUUUAAUUAAAGCAUCUCCUAGCCAUUCGCAAUGUGAGCAAUCAAACACUACAGCAGGCACUGGUGAUAACACCACAGUCAAGGGCACAGAAAAAAUAACUCCGAGCCCUUCAGAUAGCGCUACUCCUAACUCCAAAGUAAAUUUGAUGGGAAAGACAGCUGGGAAAACAUUAGAUCUGCCAGUGAAUGAACUUGUUGCUAAUGGCGACAUCUCCCUACAUCCACAACCAGAUGCAGUCAAAAAGAAAGUCAGUAACAAGCCAAGUCAAACUUUAAAAGCACCCAGUUUCCCAGAGGCUAAUAAGCUGAUCCCUGACUCACACAGCUCAGCCAUGAAGAGGCUCAAUUUGCCACGGAGGCUAAGCAAAGACGAUUCCACCGCACGACAAGAUGCCCCUUCCAGCUGGUUGGAUGUAGACUUCCCCAAACAGAAGCCCAGAUUUUCAGAAACUAAACUGACAUCUUCCGGAAGUGAGAGUAACCUUCUGGAUACGUCCGGUGAGCUCGAUGAUGAGGACUUUGUCGAGAAAAUCAAGAAGCUCUGCGCCCCGUUCUCUUUGCCACCGCGUAAACACACCCACCACCGACCACCGCAGCCCCCCUUCGCCAUGCCCGCCAUCAAGGAAUCAACAUUUGACCCUGAAGAGUUUACAUUUGGCUUGAGGAAGAAAAUUCACUUCAGUUUAGACUCAUCUCCGUUAGCUGGUCUUCAGAGCAAAGAGUCUAAACCUGCACCGAAGCCUGCCAGGGCUAGUUUUGCAGAUAGGAGCAUGUUGCUAAGUGGUCUGGACACCCACUCUCGGCUUAGAGAAAAGACACCUGUUGAGGAGGAGGACGCUAAGGAGGAGAAAGACGACCAGAUCAAAGUGAAGUCUCGUUUGGAAGGGAGCUGUGUCCUUAGCAGUCUCACCACCUCCAGCUUCACCAGAGGGAAGAGGAACGGUGGUCAAGCACAAGCAGAGAACACCAACUCUGGUAAUGUGUCACCUAGCGAAACCCCCCAGCCAAGCCCACCCCCAUUAUCCCAGUCACCCCUGCAAAGCCCGACCGCUCCAGGUCCACUUAAACAUCCUCUGACCAAGCAAAGCAUUGCCCCGAACAACAGAGAGGAAGCUCCGGCUGCAGAGGUUGUGGUCAGUGACUCAGGCCCUCCACUUCCCUCCUUUAACGACAUCAAGCUGCCGGACUAUUUAGAGAAGUACCUCCCUCGAGAAGUAGGAAAACCAGCACAGAACGUACAAGGACAGGAGCGAAUCAACACAGAGGUGGGUGGAAAAAUGGCAACUUCGAACCCUGGAAGUGAAACAGUCUCGAGUGUAAAACCAGAACCGGUGCUUCCGGAUGCUUUGUCAUCACGGUGUCCUGGGAUUUCUCCAAACACUCUUAAACCCACUGUCCCUGAGCUUAAACAGCAACAGAAGACUCCAAGCAAUAAUAUAAGAGUUGCCAAGGGAUUUCACAAGCGCCCUGGAAAGAUGGUGUUGUUUGAGAAAGCUCCAUUCAGUGGACAAGUAUAUGAGAUUUACAAGGAUGUAGAAGAUGCUUCGUCUUUGCAGCUUUCACCUCUUGUAUCUGUGAAGGUUGUCAGAGGAUGUUGGGUCCUCUACGAGAAGCCAGGCUUCCAGGGACGCAACAUCGCUUUGGAGGAGGGGGCUAUUGAAUUGACAAAUGUGUGGGCAGACUCUGGGCCCCAGACAGAACCGCAGAGCGACUCACCAAUGCUGAUCGGCUCAAUUCGACUUGCUGUCUGGGAUUACAGCCUUCCCCAUAUUGAUCUGUUUACUGAACCGGAGGGCCGCGGUAGAGUAACACCUUACCAUGACGACACAGUAGAGACAGGCUCAUUUGGCAUCCCGCUAAGCACCGCUUCCAUCCAGGUGCACUCUGGGGUGUGGUUGGUUUUCAGUGAUCCGGGGUUCCAGGGCAUGCUAGGUGUUCUGGAGACAGGAGUGUACCCUUUCCCUGAGACCUGGGGCUUUCCGUCACCCUUUGUGGGGUCUCUUAGACCACUGAAAAUGGGUGGGUUUAAAGUCGAAAAUUCCUGUGAAGUCAAGGCUGUAGUGUAUGAGAGGCCUGGCUUCGAAGGUUCCAGUUUGGAAGUCGACAGUGACAUUUUCAGUUUUUGUGAAAGUGAUGGAGACUCUGCUCCAGAACUCGAAUCAACAAAAUUGACAUCUGCGAGGUCUUUAAAAAUCAACGGAGGACUCUGGGUGGGUUACAGCCAGCCUGGGUUUGAGGGCCAACAGUACAUUUUAGAGGAAGGAGAGUAUUUGGACUGCAGUGACUGGGGAGGUUUAGAGAUCCAUUCACUGCGACCAGUACUAUCUGAUUUCAUGUCUCCACACCUCAAAAUGUUCAGUGACAGAGAUUUUGGCAAACUGGGAGUCAACAUUGACCUAACGGUGCCUGUUAUUAACAUGGAUGACACAGGCUACGGCAUGAAGACGCAGUCAAUUGAUGUCAUUGGAGGGGUCUGGGUAGUGUUUGAAGAGCCAGGCUUUUGUGGCGAGUGCUACAUUCUGGAGAAGGGCCUGUAUGGAAGCCCAGAGGACUGGGGGGCGCUGGUGCCCAGAAUCGCCUCAGCCAUGCCCGUUGUUCAGGAUGAUUUUGAGAACGCAGCCAAGUUUAAGGUGCAGCUUUUCACUGAUCCGGGUUUUCAAGGCUCUGUGCUCACACUGGAGGACAGCGAAGCUUCACUACAGCAAGGUUUUUCUGUGGCCUCCUGCAAGGUUCUCGCUGGAAGCUGGAUGGCGUUUGAAGGCCAGGACUUCACAGACAAGAUGUAUAUUUUAGAAGAAGGCAGCUACCCCGAUCUGCGAGCGAUGGGCUGUGUCCAUGCAAACGCCUCCAUCCUGUCACUGCAAACUGUCGGCUUUGAGUUUUCACUGCCAUCCAUCAUCCUGUUUGAGCGCUGUGGUUUAAAGGGGAAAAGGGUGGUUCUGACGGACGGAUCGGUCAACCUUCAACUUGCAGGAGGCUGUGGAAGAGUCCAGUCUGUUGUGGUGGAAGGAGGCAUGUGGGUGUUGUAUGAGGAAAUAAACUACAGAGGAGCACAAAUGUUGCUGAAACCUGGUGAGGUGCCUGACUGGCGUAGUAUCUGCAGUUGGAAGAAAAUUGGAUCCUUACGCCCCCUUAUACAGAGGCAGAUGCAUUUCCAUCUAAGAAACCAACAAACCGGGCUCCUCAUGUCUGCGAGCGGGGAUUUGGAUGAAAUCAAACUGAUGCGGGUCCAGGAAAUGGAGGAAACUAAUGGCUUUGAGCAGAUCUGGAGCUAUCAGAAUGGACAUCUUCACUGCAAGCUGCUGGAGGAGUGCUGCCUGGGUCCCAGCGGCAGUAUGACCAUGGCGGGGAGCCGAGUGGGUUUCACCCCAGCGCUGGAAGACCAGAUCCACCUGUGGAGCAUCACUCCUGAGGGCUUUAUCUGCCACACACCCUCUAAUUUGGUUCUAGAUGUUAAAGGGGGCCAUCACUAUGACAAAAACCAAGUGAUUCUGAACACGUUGGAUCCAAAUAAACAACACCAAAGGUGGAGUGUGGAGAUUUUAUAAGCAAAAUCUGAGCUGCUUCUCUGGCUUCUUAAUGACUGGGGCACCGCUCCACUGGAGGCCGUUUCAGAGCUGCAUGACAAGUGUUCACACAAGGCACUUCAUCAGUCUGCUGGACCUUUACUGCAGGAGAACUACAUUUUUCAGUAAGGAGGUCAUCAUAGAGGACUCUGGGUAAAAAUGUAUUAUUACAAAAAAGGGCAGUCUGAACUUGAAAUGUCUCAUAUUUUACACUUCUAGCAAUACAUAUAAAGGUUUGAUUUUUUUUUUUUUUCCAUUCUUUCUCCAAACGUGUACCUGUUUAUAAUUAAGUUUAACAGUGUUAAACCUUUCAUAUCGCUAUGAAAAUUCAUGUUAUUUUAUCUUACUUUCCAGCUGCUUGUAUAGAAGAAAAAAAAAAACAACCUCACUUAUUAAAUGU